AUGGUCGAAGAGCAGAAGCUUUCACCUGCCGCAAUCUUCAAUUAUGAAGACGACGAGCUAGCUUUUCGUUCCCCCAUGCCUCUUCACAUUUCGAAUCCGACAAGAAGCGCUUCUCUUCCUUCAUCCUUCAGAAUAGGCUCGAAUGGCUCGGCCUUUUCGGUACCUGACUUUGGUACAUACUCUUUCCACGACCAACCAAGCAGAGUGGAUCCCACAGUUGAAAAUCACAUUUUUGCUCAAAAUUCUGCUUUUUUUGGUUCAACUCGAAAUUCUCAACACCCUUUUGAUAUUGGUGACGCAUUACAUUACAACACUUUAAGUCAAUGCGGGCUUCCUCCGACCGAAAAUUCUUUGCCUUCGCCGUCGCGAACAGUUUAUCGAGCCGCGAAUACCACUCGGCUAUAUUAUUCCAGAACUCCAGAGCAACUUUUGGGCGAAGGUAUAGCGCAUCGACCGGAUGGAUUAAUACCUUCUUUUGUGGGCAUAAAUAAAAUCCCGGAUAGCAAUUUCCCUAAUUCUUCGACGCCAAAGUCUGUGGAUCCUCAAUUUUUAUUUUCACACAUGCGUCAUGCAUCACCGCGUCCUGGUCCAAGUUAUAUGAUCCCAUCAUCACACGUUACCUCCUCAUCCUCACCUGAAUUUCGUCGUCCGAUUCCAAAGAGAUCUUGCAUGGAAAACACCUUGACACAACUUUCUUCUAUAGGAGGCUUACGGAAUGCGCCAUAUGUUUUUCCGAGCGAUCAGUUUACAUCCAAAAAUCCGAUUUCGGUCACCCCAUUAGAAUCACAGGAUCAGCUGAAUAGGCAAAAUGAUUCGCAACCUUGUCACUCCGUCACUGAACCAUCAUCGCGGGAUGCCGUUUCCGCAAUAGAAACAAGUGACGAAGGUAAUUUAAGCAACAAUCUUCAACCAGGACAAUCACGCAAUCCACCACUCAUAAGUAUAUUAGAGAUGUUGGGAACGAAUUCUGGGAAUAAAUUAACCGUCGAUCGAGAUAAUGUUGAAAAAAUUUCACAAUGCUCUCAAGACGCUUGCAAACAGAUUUCGCCCGAUGAUAAUGGCGUCUCGGAAAUUGACGUACAAGAUCUCGUGAUGGGCUCCGCUGAGCAGACAGAAUCGAAGGAACAAGAUUCCACCGAAGAUUCGUGUGGAAAUGGACAACAAACGAAGCACAUCUCAAUAUUUGAUUGGCAUUUAAUAUGUCUUCCUAUACAACCUAAGCCAAAUCAUUUGCUUCCGCCUGGAGUUGAUAGAUGGAUCGUGAUUGAAGGCGUAAUUAAGAAGGGCCGUCAACACUUUCAAUGGCAUACGUCAUUGAUCGUGGACCGGGUGAGCCGGAUGCUAUUGAAAACUUUAAGCGGAAAAACAUAUAAACUUGAAGGAGAGCUAAUGAUUGAUAGCAUGAUGAAUUAUGGAUUUUCGCAAAAAUGUUGUGAAAAAUUCCGCGAUGGGUUUCCUGAUGAUUGGAAAGAAAUAUUAUUAUGCGAAUUCUCGGGUGGUUUAAAUUUGAGUUCAACUAAACCACCAGAAGAAGCUGUACAUGGAGAUGUAGAUGGUCCAACAACAAUUGCAAAUGGCGAAAAAACCGGUUCGAUAACGGUCACGAAUGACGAAGCAAACGAUAUGAUAACAGUAACGCGUGAUACGGAAAAUGAUCCAACAACAGUUGGACAUGACGAUGAGUUAAAAGUCGCCGAAGAUUUAAAUCCAGAGGGUUACAAUGAUGAGUGUCAUGCUGAAAAUAUUGAUUCAGGAGGAAAGACACGUGAAGAAAUGAUGGAUACUUCUGAAGCCUCGGAAUCAACUAUUUGUGUGCAACCAAACAGAAGCGAUCGUGAUGGUGUCGAUCGUAACACUGACUUACAUGAAUUUGUGGAUCCUAUAAUCGUCAUAGAUUCGAUUCUUGACGGAUCAAUAGAUGACACGCAAAACGUACUAGAUAUUCAAGACACGCAAAACGUACUAGAUAUCCAAGACACGCAAAACGUACUAGAUAUUCAAGACACGCAAAACGUACUAGAUAUCCGAGACGCACAAGAUGCUCAAGAGGCACAGGACGUUCAAGAGAUUAGGGAUAUGCAAGACAUUCAAAAUAUGAAAGACAUUAUAGAUUAUCAAGAGAUUCGAGAUGUUCAAGAAAUUCGAGACAUUCAAGAUGCGCAAGUCGGCAAUAAAAAAUUUGGUAAAAAAAAAAAAAAAGAAUUAAAGCAUUCAUUGAACAACAUUUCCAAGAGAGGAUCAAAGGUUGUGGCUAUAACCUCAUCUGGGCGCCAAGUUCGUAGGCCAGGCUCGUGGUGGGCAGUUAAUCCUGAGCCCAACGAAGAGCUGGGAGAAACGACGUCGAAGAAACGGAAGUCAACUGGUACGCGCCGUGAAUCAAAACGAAAUUUGAUUUCAAACGCGAGUAUGCUAACCGGCAAGCGUCAACGUAACGAAAAUUUUGUAUAA